UUGUGCAUUGCGAAUGAUACGUCCGCAGUAGAGAAGAGAAAUUAGUAAAUUGUGGGUUAACGAACGUUUAGCGUUCAUGAAAAAAAAAUAACUGACUUCUCUCGGGUAUUGAUGAGUCAAAUAAAAGCCAUUGUUUCUGCGAAAACAACGCAAAUCUCGGCGAGAAUAACAGUUAUCAUUACUGCGCAUAUAUCGACCACAUUGGAUUACGAGUUGCGUCACACGAGCUGUUUUCGUUGAAACGACAUCGAAGGAAAAUGUUUUACGAUUCCAAGUCCAGUAUAAUCUUCACGCUGUCAUUGGUGAUUUCCAUAUUAACUUGUUUCUUCUUCAGCAAAGGGAACGCUUUCAGCGUUGUUCGCUCUAUAAAGCGAAACGGUAUGGGUGACGUUGAUUCAUUUUCCAAUCCCGUCUCGACGUGCAGUCCUGUGGAAUGUUUACGUGUUAUUGGAAGUGCUGGCUGUAAACCUGGUGAUUGCUGUAUUUGUAAAUGUAGCCCCAGUUUUCCGAAUUACAUCGUCCAUAGAGGAACUUGUGUACAGACUGAAUAUGUGGACCCAGCGUGCGAAAUGACCACUUUACCAUCAGACCCCCUGAUGGCUGUGAAGGAUUUUAGUAGGACAGGAGUAGUUUCCUUUGAUGUUAUGAUUGAUCACCCACACCAGUGUCCUGGUAUUGAACUUAAAAGGUGGUAUUAUCAACUGGACACGGCAUUGUGGAAUGAAGGACCAAGCUCAUUCUUUCGAUUAAUUCACGACGGCAGGAGUACAAACAAAUGGGACUUAAAGUGGGAUAAAGGCCUUGAAAGAAAAUAUCAUGGACUUAUACUCAGCUUUGAUUUUCAUUGCGUUGGACAACAAUCAAGACUCGGAUGCUUGUUGGUUAAGUCAAAGGGAAAUUAUAGUCUGGCAGGAUCAUCCUCAAAUCCACCUUCCACAGUUGGACCUAGUCACGUCACGAUGGUAACAGAAAGGAAAGAUAAACCAACUGGUGGUUCACCUGGAAUAAAGGGAGGUGUGGAUAACGGAGUUCGUGAAGAAAAUUUCACUGGGCAGGACAGAGGAGUAGCAGGAAAGAAUUACAGUGUGGUCGUAAUUGGUGUGAGCUUGUCAAUAGUGAUGGGAAUUGCUCUUAUUUGUGUUGUAAUGCUGAGAAAUGGAGGCCCCCUGUGGUUAAAACUUCAACGGCGUCCAAAAGAGCCACCUUAUCAGGAGCCAAGGAAACCAGUAGCUGUAGGCAUAAGACCGAUGCGUACCUCCGUCCAUAACGAGUUUUACGAUGCUGGCUGUGUCCUUUCCAUCGACGGACAAACUGCUGAAGCACCAAAAAGAGGAUCGCGUCUGGGGCCUCUGCCUCCCUUACCUCAUACAAAGGGGGAACCCAUAUAUGAAGAGCCAGUGAUGGUAAGAAAUGUUGGUUACCACGGAUUAUCGAAGGAAAACAAACCAUCUGUCGCGCCGAUCCAGCCAGAACCAGUCCACACGGAGCCAAUUCACUGCAAGCCAAUCCAUAGCUUGUCAAUCCAUGGCAAACCAAACCAAACCGAGGCUAUCGUUACUGAGAACCCAGGCCCUUUCUAUAACACUCUUGAGGAACUCUCAGACACAGACGAUUAUGACGACACGACUGAGUGCCAUUGCACGGAGUUGUGAAGAUCAUAAAAAAUUGCACCUGCUUCCAUACCUUUGUAACGACAGACAGUAAACAUGAUCGAGCCCUCUCGAUUCCGUGUUAACAUGCUAUUUGAUCUUAUACCAUUUCGUGUAUCGUCAACCGAAAUGACGAUAUCGGUAGCUUACAGAGCUUUUCAAUCACCAGAUCUGACGUAAAGUACCAAGGUCAUUCCAGCAGUUGUAAUGUGGAAGCGUCAAAAGUCAGCUCUGCGCAUAUGAAUUGUAUUCUCCCGUAUGUUUAGGAAGCUUAAUUUUUCUAGAAAUAGAUAGUUUGUAGCAUUCUGAUCCUAAUUAGCCCAAACGACUCUGUCCGUCACAGUUGAAAUUACGCGGAAUUCUAGAUCUUUUUUCUGUUUUAAAUUUCCCCUUAGCUAAAGACUGAUAUGUUAGCCUUUGGAAACAGAAGGCUGGUUAAGAAAUCAUGUCAGGGUGAGUUUGAAUUUUAGCAUAAAAUGACGUGAUCGCAGGACUCUAGCUCAAGGAAUUGGUUAAAGAAUAUUUUUUUUUCAUGCGAGUUCUGCAUAAAAAAUAAAAUUGAUUGCGCGUAACUAGCGAUAAUAUGUGUAUUUUUCCUUUUUUUUUUCUUUUUUUUCCUUUUUUUUUCUUUUUUUUUUUAUGAGCGUGCAGUUGUAAUAGUAGCCACACAACCAGACAUAACCAAUUGGGACCCUUUUCUUGAACAACGCCUUUAAGGUUUUUAACCCCUCUCCCCAUCCAAUAUUGUUAAUUGCCAUUCUUUCUAUGCCAUCUUGCAGACCAACAGUGAGCAGCAAUGACCAACAUUGGGAGGGACAGGGGAGGCUGUAGGUGUCCCAGCAAAUGUGUCUGGGAGUGUAGUUAUGUUGCCAAUAGACUUGACGUACUCCUGAAAAAACGUACCCUGAUUAAUGCGAGCACUGACCAAAUUUUUAGUAUAAGCUUAUUAAUUUAAGAGCAUGGAAAUUUUGUGGGAAGUUGUUUGUUUGUUUGUUUGUUUGUUUGUUUUUUUUUCAUUGCGUAUUGGCGAUUUUUCUUUUUAUCAAGCAGCCAAAAAUUAACGAGGAAAUGAAUUUUCAAGCAUCUUGAGUUAUACAGGGGAAUGCUGUACCAGAAAUUAUUCAUAGAUGGAUCUAGGGUGCGUUCAAAGAUAUCAAAUGCGAAUGGUGACUUCGUAUCCUGGUGGAGUUUUUAACUUGACAGAAAAUGGUAAAUUUUUUCAGCAUUUACUUUGAAAGGAUUUUGCGGAUCAAAAGCAAUAUGAAAAAUAAUUGCAAAAAAAUAGAAAACCUCCAGAAUUUUCAUACUAUCAGUACAGAAAACUUGUUGAUAGACUCAAAUUUAAAUUUAUUAAUUCAAAUUUACCUUACUGAUUCGACAUCUACAAGUUGGUUAAGAUCGAUAGCUCACCUCUAUCAUUACGUAAAAUCUCCCAAUCCGACAAUUCGUACACGUGAAAGAUAAAACAGGUAUAAAAAGUGUUUUAGUUAUGGUGUGAAUGGAGUAUUAAAGUGAAAGUAGAAAAGCCGUCUUUUUUUUAAAUCAAGAAAACCCUAUCAUCAAUUUAUCCCUCUCGGAUAAGUUAAAUAAUAAAUUACAACAAGAGAGUAAAAGGUUACUCUUGCCUGAAAUGUAUAUAUUGAUUUGAAUAAAUAUUGACAGAAUGUA